CACGAGUUGUAUGUUUGCGUAGCAACCACAAGCAACAGUGUCUGAAUGUGUACGGUUGUUGUGAGAAACCAAAUAGAAUUAGCAUUGCACUUUGCAAUUUAACAACAACCAACAAAUAAGAUGGAAGGACUACCAUUCCUCCCUGGAAAUAACUUCAGAGAUCCAACGAAAUGGAAAUAUCACAGAAGUCACACACUGAACUACAAGAAUGGUUAUUCAAUCCCAGGCAGACCAGAAGUGGGAAUUGGUGGAGAACCAAUUGUCUACAACCAAUUGUCUGAACAGGAACUUGAUGAUUUGGCCAACUACAGUCCAACACUCACUUAUGGUCAAGCCAAACAAGCACCACCAGAAGACUUUGUUCCUGGUCAUGUUGCUUGGGACAAAAAGGUCCUGAGAUUCAAUGCUUAUUUCAAGCAGACAGUCCAUGAAUCUCCAGAUGAGUACUUUAGAGUUCGUCCAGUAGAUAUUUUUUAUUAUCUAGAAGAUGAUAGUAUAUCAGUAGUCGAGCCACAUGUAGAAAACUCAGGAAUGCCACAAGGAAAACUGAUAAAGAGACAGAGGCUACCAAAGAAUGAUCAGGGUGAUAAUUGGCAUUGGAAGGAUUUGAACAAUGGUAUGAAUGUCACAUUUUAUGGGAAAAUAUUCCGCAUUGUUAACUGUGACCAAUUUACACAGAAUUUCCUAGAAAGUGAAGGUUUAGAUGUGAACCCAGGAGAGGGUCUGCCCACAGAUCCAUACAUUGAGAGAAGGAAGGAGAAAGCUGCACUUAGAACUUACACUACUGCCUCUGCAUUUGAUGCCAAGAAACAGUUCUUAGAACUGGACAGAAAAGUCCUACGAUUGUAUGUUGUUUGGGAUGAUACAAAUCAGAUGUUUGGUGAAAUGAGACCAUUUGUUAUCCAUUACUAUUUAGUGGAUGAUACUCUAGAAGUCAGAGAAGUACACAAUGCCAAUGAUGGCCGAGAUCCAUUCCCAGUUUUAAUAGGAAGACACAAAGUUCCUAAAAAUAGAUAUAACGUAGAAUCAUCUUUCCCUGCUGUUGUAAUGGAGUUAUCAGACCAUGAAAUCAAACAAUAUUAUACACCUAAAGACUUCAAAAUCGGUGAAACUGUCACUGUGUACGGAAGAAGGUUUUUGGUCUAUGACUGUGAUAAUUUUACAAAGGCAUUUUAUUAUCAAAACUUUGGAAUUACAGACUUUAAUACUGUAGAUGUGCAAGAAAAAGUGAAAAAUCUACCAAAAAUGGAAAUUCCACCAUACAAUAACUUUGGUUCACUAGAAGAUUCUUUACAAUCAUGCUUAUCACUUAUACCACAACCACCUAAGAAAGAUUUCAUCAAAAUGUUGGAAAAUGAUCAUAAAGUACUAAGAUUUGAAGCCACGAUGGAUUCAGUACGACCAGAAGACAGAGGAAGGAGAUUCAUCGUUUCAUAUCGUUUAGCAGACGACAUGAUGACAAUCUAUGAACCACCAGUACGAAAUUCUGGAAUCAUUGGUGGAAAGUUUUUGGAGAGGACACGAGUGGCCAAGCCAGGCUGUGCACCUGGUCAACCAGUAUUCUAUGGUCCACAGGACUUUUACAUUGGUGCUGUUAUUGAUGUAUUUAAGCACCGAUUUGUCAUCACAAACGCAGACGAAUAUGUGCUCAAAUAUAUGGAGGACCAUUCUGCACAAUUCCCGGCUGAAACAGUUCAGACACUGAGAGAAAGACUGACAACACGUCCAAUGGAAACAGUCAAAGGCGGACCAAUGAAAGUCAUGAGAAGUCCUGGUGAUCUAGAAAUCUUAGUUAGACAAGUACGAGCUCAACUAAAAAAGAUUGCUAUAACAGACAAGGCAAGAGUUGACACAAUGUUCCUACGAUACAACAAAGAUAGAACAGGAUAUAUUGGUGCAGAUGAUAUGACAGCACUAUGCCGAAGCUUACAACUGCCAGUAGAUGAUGAUGUUAUCAAUGAACUUGUUAGACAGUGCACAUCAAAUCCAGAAGGCAAAAUAUCAUUAGAAGAUUUCAGAAGAUUCAUUGAAUGCUCAUGAAGAAAACCUGGCUAUUUUUAGAACUGUGAUACAAUUUUAAAGCAAUUUCUGUACGAUUUGUACAUGGACCAAAUUUUAUUGAUCUUGAAACUUUUAUAAAAAAAUUAUGUAUAUUGUAUAUUAUUGUAAAAAACAAUACAUGUGAAAAGAAUACACCUAACUUAUUA